AUGUCUGAGAGAACCAUAGAAGCCGCAGGAGAAUGGCUUGUAAGUCUCUGCAACGUCGAAGGCUCAAUCAACAACAGAGACCAGCUCCUGACACCUCUCGAACAACUCAAAUUGGACGAAUUCUUCAGUCUUCAUGGCCAAUCUCCAAUAUUCAAGCGACAUCAUGUUGAAGCUAUUCGGCGAUGUAUGUCUAGGGACAUCAGACCAGAAUACCAACUUGCCCGUGCACUGCUUGAGCGAGAUGAUACGUGUCGUCUCUUUGAGGAUGAGAAUGAUAUCUUGCAAGUAGCCAUCAAAAGAGCCAACAUGGAACCGGAACUGCUUGGUAAAUCACCGCUGAAGUCCAAUCCUGAGCUUAUGAAAAUGGUGAAACUGCUCUUGGCUCAUGGAGCGGGUGUAAACUGUCUGGAUGGCGAUGGAUAUUCACCUCUUUACUAUACUUGUGUUUUGGGAUAUGCCGACCUCUUUCACUUUCUCAUCGCUUCUGGUGCAAACAUAUCGACUGUGCAGAAGAGAAAUGUCCCAGAACAGGUCAAAAAGUUGAGAGAGACCAUGGACGACAAAUCAUUUCACGACAAAGAAGAGACAGUGAAUCUUUUAGGGGCUACACUAGACGCUCUGAUAUCGCCUCAGAACGUCACCAACAUGACCUGGGUAGGAUGGCCUCCUGGGGUCAACUUCGAUAGGCCCCUGUGGGAAAUGGAUAUCGACCUUACAUGGGGUGGUAUUAUACUGUAUCUUCUACAACAAGGACUUUCCUUUGCCAAAGACGACUUGGGACUCGUGAUGCUCCUUCAUAUCGCCUGUUAUCAAGGAUCACAGGAAUUUGUCGAAAAGCUCUUGGAUUCCGGCAUCAAGGCCGACAUCCCUGGCCCACGAAUAGUAGACGGAGGACAAGGCGAAGGCUCAGCCUGCGGAACGGCUAUGCAUGCUGCAGCUGCUGACCGAAAAUUGGACAUUAUCAAGACCCUCAUUGCUCGUGGUGAAAAUGCAGGUCUACGCCGACUUUGCAUCUUCAACCGCGGUUCGGUCAAUGCACAGAUGGCGCCUGUAGAGAUUGCAAUAGCCACCGGCCAAUACGAAGACGACGAGAACCUUCAAGACUUCCUCGAGGGUUUCAUAAAUGUAGCCGACAAUCUUGAAGAGUCCGAUCUCGAAGCAGUAUUAAAUUGGUGUGUUGCGUCUAACGUGCUCGACUUGGCUCAAAACCUUUUGCAGCGUGGUGUUAGGCUGGAUGAGAUACCUCUCGGAGUCAACAGAGUUGACAUGGCACAGCUUCUAAUCACACACGGUAUCAAGUUGAAUGUAGAAGCUUUGCAAAAGGAGGCAUUAAGAAAAAACCUUCUAGACUUGCUGCGUUGGUGGGUUGAUGGGUAUGGUCCCCUGCUACCCCAAGACAAAGCAUCAUGGGGAAAGAUGGCAUUCCGGCUAGUCGAAGGACGUUUAUCAAAUAUGAAGACGAUCGAGUACCUCAUCUAUGAAUACCCUGGCCCGCAUAUCGAUACGGUUUUCGUCUCACCGUCGAGAAAUUUGAAAUACUCAGAAGACGACGAAACAACCAUAGACGCUAGUUGGCUGUACUUGGCCAUUAUGAAAUGCAACAUGAGAGCGACUCGGCUACUCUUAGAGGCAGGGGCUGACCCAAACUGUCCUGGAUUGCCCGUGGAUGCCGCGGCAGCUAUGAAACGAGUCGAUCAGCAUGGUCUCAGAGAGGUCUCAGAGCGCCUGGAAGUUAUCAAAAUGAUACAAGAAAGGCUUUCUGAGGAUGGCAAGUGGAAUGUGCCGUCACUCGCUGAGACAAGAUUUCACGCAGGUGAUGUUAUAGCUACAGAGAGGAAAGCUUGGGAUAAGAAAGUCAGAUGCCUGGUGAAGAACAGACAGGAGGUUCCUGAAGUAUUACCAAGUGGAAGAAGAGCUACUCUGCCUCUACCAGCAACAAGCAUCGCCUCUCCUACGGAUCUCUAUAAGCCGUUGGCUAGUACCAGUUCCUUCCGGCUUCUUGAACUUCUCCCCUCAAACAAGAUGUUAGAUGGUUUGGUCGGCCGCUUGGUGGAUAGCGACAUCACUCUUCAGCCCAAAUACGAGGCUUUGUCUUAUGUAUGGGGCGACACCAGUCCUGCCAAGUACAUCAGCCUUGACGACAAGGACAUAGCUAUAACCCCGAAUUUGCAUUCCGCACUAACUCACAUUCGGUCUGCGGAUAGUGUUAGGACUAUUUGGGUUGAUGCACUUUGUAUUAACCAAUCAUUCCAUGACGAACGAAAUCAGCAAGUUAGAAUCAUGGGUGAUAUCUACAAAUCGGCAAAGCAGGUUAUCGUGUGGCUAGGAGACGCUGCUGACGAUUCCCAUCUCGUUUUUGAGCAUCUCGAAGAUGAUAACAUUGAGGAGUCUUCCCCAAACUACCCCGAACAGUUAGAAGCAAAGCGCAAAGCAUGGAAAGCGCUUGUCAACAGACCCUGGUUCUUCCGCACGUGGGUAAUCCAAGAGAUAGCUCUUGCUCGCAGAGCAUUAAUUAUGUGCGGAAAAGACACCACGCUAUGGCGGAACAUUGAAGCGAGCUGGAAAGACGACUUUUCAAACGGCGCAAAGGGCCUCUCCACGGUGCGCACCUAUCCAGGAAACCAACUAGACCACCCAAUCUCGGGCUUUGAUCCUGAUAAGCAUGUUUGGAGACUAAGACUUUUGAAGGCUGAGAGUGAUCCUGUGAGUAUACUUCGUUACAGCCGUGUUUGCGGGACGACGGAGGUGAGGGAUAAGAUUUAUGGAAUUCUGGGCUUGUUCAAACCGGGGUUUGUGGAAGUUGAUUAUGACUUGCCUGUGGAAAGCAUCUUUCAGCAGUUCGCGGAGGCGGUUAUUCAACUGACUGGGGACCUGAAUAUCUUGAAGUAUGCUGGCGAGUCGCCAAAGUAUGAGAACCUCCCAUCGUGGGUGCCUGACUUUACCGAAAUAUCAACAAGAAGCCUUCUUGGAGACAGUUGGUAUCCUCCUUGGAGAGCAGAUGCUCCGAGCCAGUACGAGAUUCGAUUCGUGGAUGGGAAGAAUAUCAGUAUUCCUCGCGAAGACUUGACCAAAAAGUAUCUUCCAGGAUUAUCUUUCUUGGCGGACAGAUCUUUGGUGAUAAAAGGCAAGAUGGUUGAUACGAUCCGGUCAGUGAGUGUUGAGCUUCCAAGUGGGACAUCCCAUGCUCCUGGAACAGAAGCCUUUGGUCUUGUGAUGAAAGAGUGGGAAACACUCGCCACAACACUGAUUCCUGAAUGGGAGUCCUCGGAUUCUUCAGUGUCUUCUGCAUUUGCUGCUACUAUCUCUGCAACCAGUGGAUAUCAGAUCUUCAGUGUUGACAUUGGUUUCACCCAGUGGUACCGUCACUGUGGAACAGGAGUACUCGAAGAAGCUGACCCCUCCAUGUUUCUCCGCGAUCAUGAAUUUUAUCUUUGGUGGUGUGAUGUCGGAAAGCCUGAUGACCCUGAUGAUGAAGAGUACGAAGGACUUGGAUAUCAUAUUCGCGAGUUUGCUGAUGAAAUGAUGGCUGCUAGCUACGGUCGCUGUCUCUUCACCACAGAGAAUGGAUCUAUGGGCCUUGCGAGCUCUCAGGUGGAAGCAGGCGAUCGGAUUGUUUACUUUCCUGGCUCAUCUGAACCUUUUGCCUUGCGGAAGAGGGAGGACGGGAGGGGGUGGACUUUGGUAGGCGAUUGCUAUCUGUAUGGGCUGGAUAUCGAUGAGCUUUUUCAUGAUAAGGAACAUCUCGGUGAGGAUUUUAGUAUUUAUUAG